CAAACAUAAUCGACCCGGAAGCUGCAGCUCUCACCGUGCUUCAUGAAAACAUCGCGUCAAAAUGAGAAUAGUUUUUGUGAUUUCAAUACGUGACAUUUAAAAAUGUUUUACUUUCCGUAAAUGUCUUGUUAUAAAGGAAAUGUACCCCCGUAGUUUCUAAACGCAAGAAUGUCAUGGAAUAAAAUCUACGGGAAUUGAAAAGUAACUGUUUUGUGUUAGUUAUUUUUUAAAAUGAUGAUGCUACUAUCGUCUGUCCAUCAUGGAGUAAGGGCAGCUUCAGUCCAUUUCAUGAAAAGCAGAUGGACUCCACUCUUCAGGCACCUGAGCUCCUUUGAUGGAGACCCUCCUGCACUAAUUGAUGCUGAAACUAUCUUUGCAUUAUCAUCAGGCCAUGGCAAGUGUGGGGUUGCCGUGGUACGGAUUAGUGGCCCCUCAUCCGCCACAGCCCUAAGGUGUAUGGCGGGCCUCACACGCAGCCUGCCUGUUCCUCGCAGCGCAUUGUUAAGGAGCAUCACACAUCCUCAGUCAAAAGAGGUGCUGGACCGUGGCCUUGUCCUCUGGUUCCCAGCUCCUCACAGUUUCACAGGAGAGGACAGUGUUGAGUUCCACAUCCACGGAGGUCCUGCUGUUACUGCCGCUGUCGUUCAGGCUCUAGGAAGUGUGCCUGGCAUCAGGCCUGCUGAAUCUGGGGAGUUCACACGAAGAGCUUUUCAGGCAGGGAAACUUGACCUGACAGAGGUGGAGGGGCUCGGGGAUCUGAUUCACGCCGAGACUGAGGCCCAGAGGAGACAGGCACUAAGGCAAAUGUCAGGAGAACUUGGCCAACUCUAUCAGGACUGGAGUCAAAGCCUGAAACGGUGUCUUGCCCAUGCGGAGGCCUUCAUAGACUUCAGUGAAGAUGAGCUUAUUGAGGACGGAGUCUUAACUCAAGUGGAUGCAAUCGUGCGUGAUCUGCAAGCCGAGAUUGUGCGACACCUAAGGGAUGAGAGGAGGGGUGAGCGGCUACGCAGUGGCGUGCAGGUGGUCAUCGCGGGAGCCACAAAUGCAGGGAAAAGCAGCCUCCUCAACACGCUCUGCCAGAGACCUGCAGCAAUUGUGUCCCCCAUUGCCGGAACCACCAGAGAUGUAGUGGAGACGGCUCUGGACAUUGGUGGCUUUCCUGUUGUCUUGAGUGACACGGCCGGCCUCAGAGACAGUAGGGACCUGGUGGAGAGAGAGGGGGUCCGUCGAGCUCGUGAAAGAGUUGAGCAAGCAGAUUUGACUCUGGUGGUCGUGGACUGUUCUCUUCUAUCCACGGAUAACAAGCAAGCUUCAGACUUUCUUCAAGACCAUCUCAAUAGUGUCCUGCAUAAUCAGGAGCAAAUACAUACAGAAUUACCAUCUGACAGGUUCCUUCUGGUCUUGAACAAGGUGGACUUGCUGCCUGAGGAGCAGCGACAAAUGCUGAAAUUGAUUUUGGGGUGCAUCUCUGGCCUUCCUCCUGUCUGUAUGAUGUCCUGUCACACGAGCGAGGGACUUCAAGACUUCCUCACAACACUGCAUAGCAGAGUCAAAACUUUGUGUGGCGACCCUCUGUCUGGUGCCCCGACCCUGACUCAAGCACGCCACAGGUCCCACCUGCAGCAUUGUGUCACAGCCCUGGAUCAGUACCAGCGAUACCGCGACCUCGACCUCGCUCUGGCAGCGGAGGGCAUUCGCUUGGCUCUCACCAGCCUGGGCCGGAUCACUGGAAAGGUCGGACCAGAGGAGAUCCUGGAUAUUAUUUUCAAAGACUUUUGCAUUGGCAAAUAGUUGGGCGGCCCAUGUCCAUGAUGAUACUGUCAUAAUAACAAGAAACCGCACCGAGAGCUCAGCUGCAUUCUUGCGUGGCCCCACAGUACUGGCAAAGGAAAGUAUCGUUGAGGAUAAAACCUUGGCACUGUGCCGCGCUUUGUGUCAUAAAAAGAACACAUCAGGUUCUUGGCUCCAAUUGGUUCCCAAGACACUCAAAUGUUGUUGUUGUUUUUGUUUUUUUUAAUCCAAGUGGAGUGGAAAUAUUUGACAUGAUGUCUCCCACACAUGUGCGGUACACUUUGUACAAGUGUUUGGCCUGCCUUUAGUUCAGUUUAAAAACACUGUGUUGGGUCUUUGAUAAAUGUAUAUUGGUCCCUGGGUCCGACCAAGCCACUUUUGGUGCAGCAUAAUAGUGGCAGCAUCUGACAAUUGCAAGGUCACAACUCCCAGCACGGAUGUUUGGAUGUACAGUCUGACCUGGAGUAACAGUUCAGGUUUCAGCUGCAUCCACAUAUUCUUUGUUUUUGUUUUGCAGUUAAGAUCUGGCAUUUGAUUCGACUAAAACUUUGCGGCUUACAAAAAAUAUACCAAAAAAAAACAACAAAGAAAACAAAAAAGAAAAAACAUUCUCAUUUCAGUUAUAAAUAACGGGCAUCAAUUCACAGAUUUUUGCUAUUCGGUAAGGCAGCCUGGUUCCUAUCCACUGGAUAUGCCUUUAAUUAUUUUAUUUAAUUUUGAUUCCGUCACGGGAUGAAAAUAUCAGAACAGUAAAAAAGACCAUUUAUUUCGAAAAUUAAAAUACUUGUGCAGCCAUGAA